UCUAUUGUUUAUUCCAUGUCAUCGCAAUGGAUGCUUUUACAAGUUACACUUUAUUUUUGUAAAUCACAAAAUGGGUUGAAAUUGAAUUAAAGUAAGUGUGUGGGACGUGAAAAAGUUAAUUGUAUACCAUCUAAGGCGAAUUAAAAUGCGAUCAUGGCUGCUCUGGUGACGUUGUUAGUCAUAACAUUUUGGCUUCGGUGCACUAUAGUGUAUGGUUACGAGUUCAUAUCACAAUAUCCCAGUCAACAAAAUGAGACAUUCCAAUUCUAUCACUUAGCCGUAGAUAGAGUCAGUGGACAAGUGUAUGUGGGUGCGCUUAACUGGAUUCAUCAGCUAAGCCCUGAUUUAAAACCGAUUCAUGUAGUGCAGACUGGACCGAAACUUGAUAAUCCUAUGUGUCAUGCUACCGGCUGUACUUCAACAGAUAUAAAGACUACAUGGAUUGACAAUGUAAACAAAAUUCUAUUAAUCGAUCAAGAGUCAAGAAUAGUGAUCGCGUGUGGAUCAAUUAAACAGGGAUCGUGCUUCAAGUACAAGUUGGGCGAUAUUUCUUCGGAGCCGGAGUUUGUCGCUGUGAGUGUUGCAGCUAACGAUGCUGAAGCGUCUACAUAUGCCUUCAUCGGCCCGGAAAGGUACAAUUCGUGGGGUCGGUCCAAUGUGUUAUAUGUGGGGACAACAUUCACGAACAAUGGGGAGUACCGUCAUGACGUUCCUGCCAUUUCCAGUCGCAAUCUUAUGACGUUAGAUCUAGCCCUGUUCACAUUCAUUAAGCAGAGUUUGAUACAGAUAGAUGUAAAAUAUAGGGACAAUUUCUUAGUGCAAUAUGUGUAUGGAUUUAAUGCCAGUGAUUAUGCUUAUUUUCUGAUAAUACAAAAACAUUCCCACCUUGCUGGUAACGAGGAGUUUGGGUAUGUGUCGCGACUGGCUCGCACCUGUGUCAGUGAUGAUAAUUACAAUAGUUAUACAGAAGUCACAUUAGAGUGUCAUGUUAGAGAAGAAACUAGUGAUAAGAGUGAACUUGUCAAUUACAACUUAGUUCAGGAUGCAAAGAUAGCUAAAGCUGGUGCUAACUUGGCCACACAACUAGGCAUUGAAAUAGGAGACUCUAUACUCGUAGCCCUGUUCAGUCCAUCCAAAAGUAUAUCUAAUGAGCCCAUGUCAAAAUCAGCUAUGUGUGUGUUUUCAUUACAAGAAAUAGAAAUUAAGUUCAAUGAAAAUGUUCACAUGUGUUUUAAUGGCAGUACUAAAGCUCGUAACAUGGGCUACAUAUCGGGUAUGAUAUCAGAUGGUAAAUGUCCCAGUGUUGGCUCUACAGGCAACAUACUUAAUUUUUGUGAAGUAGGGCUUAAGAUUAGUGGGCUUUAUCCUAUCAAAACUAUGUCUGUAAUAAAUUGGAAUGAUACCUUAAUUACUAGUGUUACUGUGUCUGUAACAGGCCUACACACUGUAGCAUUCCUCGGCACCAAUGAAGGCACAUUGAAAAAAGUUUUAAUAGAUGCAGAUAAAUCUUUAGAAUAUUCCAGUGAUGAACUGCUACCAGGACAAAGAAUUCUUCCAGAUACAACUUUAUCACCAUAUCAAAAAACCCUAUAUGUACUGGCAAAAAAUACAAUUGUACAAAUACCGACAGAAAAGUGUGCUGAACAUGGUAAUUGUUCUUCAUGCUUAGAGUCAAAUGACCCACAUUGUGGAUGGUGUUCAUUAGAGAAACGCUGUACUGUACAAAGUAUGUGUCAAAAAGGUACACAAAGUGCACCCAGGUGGCUUUCUCAAUAUACUGGUCAGCAAUGUAUUGAUUUUGAACAGAUUUUACCUGAUAGAAUAUCCAUGAAUGAAGUAACAACAGUUCAACUAGUUAUAAGAACUCUUCCAGAACUACCUUUUGGCGCUAAAUAUAAAUGUGUAUUUGGCAAUACACCUCCCAUCGAUGCAGCUGUCACCUCAAAUGGGUUGGCAUGUCCCACACCUGAUUUAAAACAUCGUCCAAAAAUACCUCAGAAUCAAGAUCAUGUAUAUGUGCCUUUGUCAGUGCAUUCAUCUGAGACCAACAAAGAUUUUGUAUCUCGCAACUUUGCAUUUUAUGAUUGCUCCAGACAUACCACAUGUCACUCAUGCAUAACAAGUGAUUGGGCUUGUAACUGGUGUAUUUAUGAUAAUAGAUGCACUCAUGAUAUCUCUGUAUGUCAAAGAACAAUAAUAAGUGGAGAGAAUAAUCCUACCAAAUUGCUUAAUCAUGGUGUUGGACAUUGUCCUCGUAUAAGACAGUAUAAGAAACCUAUCUUACUGCCUAAUAAUGUCCCAAAAGAAUUAGAACUUGAAGUUGAAAACUUGCCUCACUUGCAACCUGGUCACACAGGAUUCCAAUGUAUAGUCACCAUAGAACAAGCUAACAUGAUACUACCAGCUAGAGUGGAAUCUAAUCAUUACAUUGUAUGUGACAAGACAACCUAUUCAUAUGAAGAAGAUGUGGGUGAAUAUAAUGUCAGUGUCAAAGUUGUUUGGAAUCACAAUCACUACAUAGAUAUUAUAACUAUUACAUUAUAUAAAUGUGAAAUCCUAGGAUCUCAUAGGGAACAUGCAGAUUGUUCUCUUUGUAUAACAAGGAAUUCAAUAUACCAAUGUACAUGGUGUGGUAAUUCUUGUUCUUAUAGUGAAUCCUGCCUCGAAAACCCUGUAACUGAAUGCCCUAAACCCAGAAUUGAUAUGAUAAAACCACUAAGUGGACCCAUUGAAGGUGGUACAGUGGUCACAAUUGAAGGUAGCAAUCUUGGUUUAAGAAUAGAAGAAGUAAAAGGUAAAAUUCGUAUAGGUGAUGUUCCAUGUGAUAUAGUUGAUUUUGAAGUAUCAGUAAGCAUUACUUGUCGUACUGGACCAUCAAACAGCUCAGCUGUAGCUCCAGUUAUAGUUGAAAAUGACUCUGGAUACACAGAAUCAUCAGUACUGUUUAGUUACAAGGAUAUAAAAUUGCAAGGAAUUUAUCCAGUCCUUGGCCCUGUAUCAGGUGGGACCCAAUUAGCAAUUGGAGGCCAACAUUUAAACAUUGGAUCUUCUGUUGCUGCAUUUUUAGAUGAACUACCUUGUUCUGUGAAUAAAACUCAGACAUCAAACAGUAGAUUAAUUUGCAUUACCCCUAAAGCAAACAUGCCGCGUGUUAUUCACACACUAAUGGUAGCUAUAGAUAAGGCUAAUAGAACGCUAAGUGGCGACUUGUUUAAUUACACAGCAGAUCCCACCAUAAUGGAAAUAAAACCUUUAAAAAGCUUUGUAUCUGGUGGUAGAAUGAUAACAGUUCAUGGAACAAACCUUAAUACAAUUCAGAAACCACUUAUGAAAUUAUAUUAUGCAAAUGAAUUGAUUCCUGUUAACCACACGGAAUGUUCAGUUUUAAAUUCUAAUCAAAUGGAAUGCCCAAGUCCUGCAAUAAACAAAAAGUAUGAUGAAAUAUUACAGGCAACUAAAUCCCAAACUAGUACUCCCCAAGUUGCAAUGAAAGUAGGGUUUGUUAUGGAUAAUGUAGAAAGCAUGCAUGAUUUGGAAAAAUAUUUUAAUCCGCCACGUACACACAUGGUGUUUGUAGAUGAUCCUCAUGUGUAUCAUUUUCCUAACAAAAUAAAAUCAUAUAAAGGUGAUCCAUUAGUGAUUGAGGGAGAAAAUUUAAUACGAGCCAGUGAUGAAUCAGAUGUCGUCGUAACUAUUGGCACUCAGCUAUGCAAUGUGACUAGUUUAACUAUGCAGCAACUCUUAUGUACGCCGCCUGAAAUACAGCCAUCAAACACUGAUGAAAACGGCUUACAAACCACUGAAUUUAAUUUGCCAUUAGUAGUAGUUAAAGUAGGUAAGAACUUGCGUUUUCCAAUUGGGUACCUUCACUAUGAAUUACUAAGAAAUUACAAUUUUCCUCCAGAAGCCAUAGCUGGUAUUGCAGCUGGCACAUUCUUUUUGGUUCUUAUAUUUAUGAUUGUGCUAGUUAUGUAUAGACGCAGAAGUACAAAAGCUGAAAGAGAAUACAAAAGAAUACAGAUACAAAUGGAUACCUUAGAAAGCAAUGUAAGAUUAGAAUGUAAAUUGGCAUUUGCAGAACUACAAACUGAUAUGUCUGAUUUGGCAGCUGAUUUGGAACAUUCAGGUAUUCCAACUCUGGAUCAUGUUAAUUAUGUUAUGAAAGUUUUCUUUCCUGGAGUAUCUGAUCAUCCAAUAUUGAAUGUCCAGAGACAAUUUAUAAAUGCUCCUAGGACGAACUAUGACGCAGCAAUGAUCCAAUUUGAACAACUUUUAAAUAACAAAAGUUUCCUUCUGUCAUUUAUAGACACAUUGGAGUCACAAAAGUCAUUUAACAUUAGAGACAAAGUAAAUGUCGCUUCACUACUAAUGAUUAUAUUAAUGGGCAAAAUGGAAUAUGCUACUGAUAUUUUAAAAUCGCUUCUUUUACGUCUUAUUGAUAAAUCUAUAUGCAACAAGCAUCCUCAACUAAUGUUAAGAAGAACAGAAAGUGUUGUUGAAAAAAUGUUAACAAACUGGAUGGCCCUUUGCAUGUAUUAUUAUCUGAAGGAUUAUGCUGGUUCUUCAUUAUUUUUGCUUUUUAAGGCAAUUAAACACCAAAUAGAAAAAGGUGUUGUCGACGCUAUUACUCACGAAGCCCGCUAUUCUCUAUCAGAGGAGAAACUAUUGAAAGAACAAAUUGAUUACCAAUCUGUUACAUUGCAUAUAGUACAAGAUGAUUUUGAUGAAAAAGUUCAGUGUAAAGUUCUAGAUUGUGAUAGCAUUUCACAAGUAAAGUCUAAAAUAUUAGAUGCUCUAUUUAAAAAUACUCCAUUUUCCUUGCGUCCGUCCGUCCAUGAAGUCGAUUUGGAAUGGCGCCACGGCAGAGGUGGGCAUGUCACGCUGCAAGAUGAAGACGUGACUACGAAAACCAUUAAUGGUUGGCGAAAAUUGAAUACACUGUCCCAUUAUGGUGUAAAAGAAUCAGCCGUUAUGUCGCUAAUAUCUCGACAAAACGACAGCUUUAACACACCAUACAAAAUACCUUGUAAGAACUGCACAGGGAUAUAUUGUUCUAAUUCGCACAUACGAGUUUAUAAUAGUGAUAUAACAGAUCAGAAUGUACAUUACUAUCACUUGGUAAAACCUAUUGAAUACCAGCAUAUAAUAAGCAAAUCUUCAGAACAUAGUCACAAAGCCAUUCCAGAAAUAUUUCUUACGAGAUUAUUAUCUACUAAAGGUACCGUGCAUAAGUUUGUAGAUGACUUUUUCAGCACAAUACUCACGGUUAACGAAGUGUUGCCUCCAGCAGUUAAGUGGCUGUUUGAUCUCUUUGAUGAUGCAGCGAGAACGCAUGGAAUAAUGAACCCUGAAGUAGUUCAUGCUUGGAAAUCGAACAGUUUACCUUUAAGAUUCUGGGUGAACCUUAUAAAGAAUCCAGAUUUUAUUUUCGAUAUAAACAAAACUGCAACUGUUGAUUCUUCUUUAUCAGUUAUCGCCCAAACAUUCAUGGAUGCUUGUUCAUUAUCUGAACACCGAUUAUGCAAAGACUCACCAUCAAACAAAUUGCUUUUUGCUAAAGAUUUGCCUACAUACAGAGACAUGGUGAUACGGUUCUAUCAAGCCGUAUCUCAGUUACCGCAAGUAACUGACCAGGAGCUAAGUACAUCUAUGCAGCAACUUUCAGUAGAGCAGUUGAAUGAAUUUGACACAUUAUCUGCCUUAAAAGAGUUGUAUAUCUAUGUCAGUAAAUAUAGAGAGCAAAUUGUAUUAGGGCUAGAAAAUAAAAUGCACUUAGCUCAUAAAUUAGAUAAUAUAGCAUGCACUAUGGAAGGUGACCCUACAUCUAUAUGCUGACUAUAUGACACCAUAAGUUACGAUUUGAUUGCAUUUACGUAAUUUGUUUAUACGAUCUACUUUGUAAAAAGAAGCUUUAAUUUAUUGUGAAAUUAUUCAGAUAUAAAGCCGAUAACGUAUAAAAAGACUGUAUAUGAUCAGUUCUCUGACUCUAGCUAGGAGUUUAAAACUAUUUUUUGGAUAAAGCAAAGACUCGAAUAAUCGCGAUAAUAGUAUUAUUUUUAUGUAUAAGUCCAUUUACAUUCAAUAUUCAUCAAUCAGUUGUUUACAAGCAGUAAAUUUGAAAUAAAUAUUCUGGCAUAAAUCUGUUACAAGUUUAUUUAAUACAAAAUAUUUUACUGAUUUAGAAAUUAUUAUGGGUAUUUAGGAUAAAAAUGUUACAAAUUAAUUGCAAAUAUUCUGCCACUUGUUUUAAGAGUCUCGAUAGUUAUUAUUAUUAAUCUUAAUUUGAAUAAGAUGGGCUUUAAUGGAUACAGUGCUAAAUCACUAGUAUUUGUUAAACAUCUAAUGAAUCUCGUUUUAGCAGCAGCUUUGAUAGUAGUAACAAGAACAAAUCUUUUAUGUAAUAUUUAAAAAACGAAUCUCAAAUAUUUCUAAUGCAUUUAUUCUCCAGUGGCCAUACUUUAAGUGUCCAUGCUAUUUUUAUAAUUGUUUAAGUAAUUAAUGUAUCUAAUGGUCUAUAGAAAUUAUUAAAUCUUAUGAUUUCAAAUAAAAUGUAGAUCUGGCACUGAAAUAAAUUUUAUAAUGUAAAUCUAAUUUGUAUGUAUUUAAAAAUACUUAACUAUUGAUGUGUAUUAUGCUAAGAUGUAUGUGUAAAGAGAGUUAAGAUUUAAGGAAAAUGUUGUGAUAUUUGUAUUUGGAAUAUUGAUAGUGAAUAGUGCUGGUUUCAUUCACUUUUUUAUUGCUUUACUUCAUUAAAUUAAUAAUGAAUUGUUUUGUACAUUGUACCAUUUCAAGAUUAGUAUUCAUUAUACUCAAAAAAGAUUUCAUACACUGAAAACUAUUCUAAUAAAAAUAUAUUUAUAAGUAUUAUGUAUUUACUAUGAUCUCAUUUUUUGUUUGCUCAAGUAAAUAUCACAAAUUAUGUUCAUUUUAGUGAAGAUCUUUAUGUUAUAACUUGGCAGCAAAUAACGUAACAAUAAUAUUCCAUUUACAAAAUAUUUUAAGAUAUACUUAGAUUUAAUUUGCUAGAAUUUAAGGCAGCGUAAAAUCACCCGUCUCUUGAAAUUUUAUAUUAUUGACUUAGAAAUAUACUUAUUUAUCAAUCCUUUUGUAAUAAAUAAUUUCAAUAUGAAUGGGAUAAAACAUGAAAAACAGUUUAUUCAUUUCAAUAACAUUUAUUAGAUACAUAAAAUACCCAACAUUUAUUUAGGCAGGCGAUUUUGCACAUAAAGCCAGUUAAAAUAUCCAAGAAUUUAUAUAAAUACUAUUGAAAUUCAAAAUUAAUUUGUUUACUAUUUCAACAUAUUUAAUAACUUUGUACUAUUAAAAGUUCAUAAGUUACUAAAUUGACAAUUAUAAUAUUUAUAUUUCGA